UUAUUGGCCACCAUCUUCCAUUUCCCGUGACAAUCAUUUCCCCACACUCUCCGCUCACUCUCUUCCCAGCUCCGCUAAAGAAGCUCGAGAACGCGCGCGCGCGCUCUCUCUCUCUCUCUCUUUCUCUCUCUCUCUCUCUACACCUCUAAAAAGCUUGGAUAAAAUGGCGAAGCGAAUGAGAGAAAAUCUCUUUCCCCUCCUCCUCUUUCUCCUCCCUCUCUCUCUAAAUCUCCUCAAUGCAUUCGCAUCGUCUCCUCCGAAGCUCCAUCCACCCGAAGAGCGCGCGCUCAGGGCGAUCGCGGCGAAGCUCGGGAAGGCGAAUUGGGACUUCGGCGUGGAUCCGUGCGGCGGUGAGGGGAAUUGGAGUGUGAAGGACGCGCCCAAGGGUUUCGAGAGCGGGGUCGCAUGCGACUGCUCCUUCGCAAAUGGCUCCGAUUGCCGCAUUGUGGAGAUUUUACUCAAAUCGCAGAAUCUAUCGGGAGUGCUUCCUCCAGAGCUCAGCCGCCUUACCCAUUUGAAACAGCUAGACUUGAGCCGAAACGUAAUCACGGGUAGUAUCCCGACCGAAUGGGGGCGGAUGCGGUUAGAGAGCCUGAUGCUAAUGGGGAAUCGGUUGUCCGGGCCGUUCCCGCAGGUGCUUACCAAGAUCACUACGUUAAAAAAUUUGAGUAUCGAGGGAAACAACUUCUACGGGCAGCUCCCGCCGGAGCUCAGUAAUCUCAUUAACAUAGAGAGGCUACUGUUACCGACCAACGCAUUCACUGGGGAGCUUCCCGUGUCUCUUGCCAAGCUGACCAACUUGACCGAUUUAAGGAUUUCCAGUAACAAUUUCUCCGGGAAUAUACCCAAUUUCAUUGAGAAAUUUACGAAUUUGGAAAAACUACAAAUCCAAGGGUGCAUGCUGGUGGGGCCUAUUCCUUCUAGCAUUUCCAAAUUGACAAACUUAAAAGAUCUGAGGAUCAGUGACCUGAGAGGAAAUGGGUCAGCUUUCCCAGAGUUGAGUAAUAUGAAAUCCUUGAAGACAUUGAUACUAAGGAAUUGUUCCCUUUAUGGAAGCAUCCCAUCUUACAUUGGACAAAUGCAGAAACUGAAGCUCCUAGACCUCAGCUUCAAUACCUUGAGCGGUGAAAUUCCAAUUUCUUUUGCCAACUUAGGAAGUGCAGACUUUAUAUAUAUGAUUGGAAACAUGCUUACUGGGGAAAUACCUGAGUGGUUCUUGCAGCGUAACAAAAAUGCGGAUUUCUCUUACAAUAAUUUCACAUAUGGGAACUCAGGCCCUACCCGCUGUCUUCAAGGGAGCAUUAAUGCGGUAGAGAGCUAUUCACCCACAGUAAGCAGUCUACCUUAUGUGCAUCCAUGCUUGAAGAGGAACUUCCCCUGCAAUGCUUCCAAUGGUCACUACCCAUACUCGUUGCAUAUCAACUGUGGAGGGAAAGGAGUGACAAUCAAUGGAACUAAAUAUGAAGGAGAUACAGAAAGACAAGGCGCUUCGAUGUUGUACUUAGGUUCAAACUGGGCAUUUAGUAGCACAGGAAAUUUCCUGGAUAAUGACCUUGAUGCAGAUAACUAUAUCGCAACAAACAUUUCUAAGCUGUCCAUGCCUAACUCUGAGCUGUACACAACGGCACGCCUUUCUCCUCUUUCUCUCACUUAUUACGGCCUUUGCAUGAUGAACGGCAGCUAUACAGUGAGUCUCCAUUUUGCAGAAACGGUUUUCACUGAUGAUAACACAUUUAGUAGUCUUGGGACGCGAUUAUUCAAUGUAUUCAUUCAGGGGAAGAUGGUAUUAGAAGAUUUUAAUAUUGAAAAAGAAGCUGGUGGACCAGGAAAACCAGUUAUAAAAACUUUUACUGCAUUUGUCAAAGAUCAUACCUUGGCGAUCCACCUUUACUGGGCUGGAAAAGGGACAACAGGCAUACCAAAUAGAGGAAUAUAUGGUCCUCUUAUCUCAGCUAUAUCGGUGACUCCUAACUUUACCCCACCUCCAGAUGUGGAACCUUCUGCUCAUAGAAAGAUCCCUAUUAUGCUUGUGAUUGGGAUUUCAGUUUUGGUAUUUUCCUUCACUCUGUUGGGAAUUUCGGGAUUGAUUUUUAGGUGCAAAAGGUGGAAAAAGGACAAUUCGGUGUACAAAGAUCUAAGAGCUCUUGACCUCCAAACCGGUUCCUUCACCUUGCGGCAAAUUAAAGCAGCGACCAAGAACUUCAAUCCUGCUAAUAAGAUUGGUGAAGGUGGUUUUGGUUCAGUUUACAAGGGCUUAUUAUCUGAUGGCACCAUAAUCGCAGUCAAGCAGCUUUCCUCAAAAUCUAGGCAAGGGAAUCGGGAAUUCGUUAAUGAGAUAGGCAUGAUUUCCGCACUCCAACAUCCUAACCUUGUGAAACUUUACGGAUGUUGCAUCGAAGGCAACCAAUUAUUGCUUAUAUAUGAGUACAUGGAAAAUAAUUGUCUUGCAAGAGCUCUUUUCGCUCAAAAUGCACAAUGCAAACUGCAAUUGGGUUGGCCAACAAGACGCAAAAUUUGCCUCGGUAUAGCCAGAGGUUUGGCCUAUCUACACGAGGAGUCUACACUGAGGAUUGUUCACCGAGAUAUUAAGGCCAGCAAUAUACUGCUCGAUAAGGAUCUUAAUGCGAAGAUUUCAGAUUUUGGUUUGGCUAAGCUUAGUGAGGAGGAUCAUACCCACAUCAGCACUCGAAUUGCUGGAACUGUAGGUUAUAUGGCUCCCGAAUAUGCUAUGCGAGGUUAUCUGACUGACAAGGCAGAUGUUUAUAGUUUUGGUGUUGUUGCUUUAGAGAUUGUGAGUGGCAAGAGCAACACGAAUUAUAGACCAGAGGAGUUUGUUUAUCUUCUCGACUGGGCUUGUGUUCUUCAAGAGAGAGGCACUCUUUUGGAACUGGUAGAUCCAAACCUCGGAUCGGAAUACUCAAAAGAAGAGGCACUUCUGAUGCUAAAUGUUGCUCUCUUAUGCGCCAAUGCAUCACCCACGCUCCGACCCUCAAUGUCGAAAGUGGUGAGCUUGCUUGACGGAACGGCACCCCUACAACCCUUACUCUCAGAUCUCAACUCCGCCAGUAACAAUUUCAGCUCUAGAGCAAUCAGAAGAAGCUUUUGGCAGAACCCGAGCGAAAACCAUAGUAUUUCAGUGAAUGCAUCAUCAUUUACGGAUACCUCCGAAACAACCCCUGAAAAUGAUAGUAGUCGACCAUUGGUACACAGCAUGCAAAUCUCUUAACUUGACUGAGGGGUACUGCACUAGCCUUUUCUCUAGGUUUAUUGUACAUAGUAGACCAUGGGUUUGAUGUGGGGCAUAACAAGCAUAUAGAGUUAAGGUAGUUCUAGUGCAUUCUAGUAUAUAAUAAUUGUUGGAGUUCAUGAGGUGGAGAGUUUCUUUCUACUAUAUUUAUGCUGAUGAAUUGUUAAGCGUUUGUCAUUGUUGUUUUCAGUGUUUUCUCAACCUGCAAUGAAUGUGUACUCUGCUAAAUAAGUCCAAGGAUCUUCUAAAUUUUCUUGUCUAGGCUAUAUGAUACUUUUUGGUUUUCGAA